AUGAAUGCUGUCGAUGUUGAGACUCACAUGUUCAUCCGCGGCGAGCACUUCCUCCGCAAAUUCGACCCCAUGAUCCAGAAGACUAUGACGGAGCGCUACGAGGCUGCUGGUGUUCACAUUCACCGCAACCACUCCAAUUUCAAGAAGAUCGAGCUCAUUCGUGAUGGCAAGGGCAAGGACCGCCUGAUCAAGAUCACUAACAACGAUGGCACUGAGUUUGAGGUCAAUGAGCUCCUGUGGGCUGUCGGUCGUGCUCCCGAGGUUGAGGAUCUGCGCUUGGAUAUCCCUGGUGUGAAGCUCAACCCCAGUGGCUAUGUUGAGGUGGAUGAAUACCAGAACACCUCUGUUGAGGGCAUCUACGCCAUUGGCGACGUUACUGGCCAGGCUGAAUUAACCCCAGUUGCUAUUGCCGCCGGUCGUCAACUUGGAAAUCGCAUCUUCGGCCCUCCAGAGCUGAAGCACUCCAAGAUCUCUUACGAAAACAUCCCCACGGUUGUCUUUUCCCACCCUGAAGUUGGCUCCAUCGGCCUUACAGAGCCCGAGGCCCGUCAACAAUACGGCGAUGAUAAGAUCAAGAUCUACCACACGAAGUUCACUGCUAUGUUCUACGACUUCAUUCCUGCCGAGGAGAAGCCCCAGAAUCCCACCGAGAUGAAGCUCAUUUGCGCUGGACCCCAGGAAAAGGUCGUUGGUUUGCAUAUUCUGGGUCUUGGUGUUGGCGAGAUGCUCCAGGGUUUCGGUGUCGCCGUGAAGAUGGGUGCUACCAAGAAGGACUUUGACAGCUGUAUCGCUAUUCACCCAACCAGCGCUGAGGAGUUGGUCACCUUGCGGUAA